AUGCCAGUCACAGUGAGACUGUACCGGCAGUCCCAGCCCAGCUGCUUUGACAGAGUUAAAAUGGGCUUCAUGAUGGGCUGUGCAGUUGGCAUGGCAGCUGGUGCACUUGUUGGCAGCCUCAGGCUGGGGCUGAGAGGCCGAGAGCGGCUGGGUGGUGUUGGGAAGACCAUGAUGCAGAGUGGAGGCACGUUUGGAACCUUCAUGGCGAUUGGAAUGGGAAUCAGAUGCUAA